CCAGGGAAUCCCCAAACGUGACCCCCUCUUAUCGCAUUGCCGAGGAAACCCUAUCGAGUCAUUCGAUUGGCUCCUUUGCCCAUCCAUGGUCGGAGCUAGGCCGGUUUCGGCGACGUCAGCCACCCGCCGGCUCUUAUCUUGUUGGCUGCGUCACACUGGGGCGGCGCAACCAUCCUAAGGCCGAUACGGGUACGCUACGGAUACCUCCCUCACCCAGAGCUGUGCGCACGCAACCGCCGUUGCCUUCCUUCCCUUUAUAUAUGCUCCCUCCCGCCCUCCGAAACCCCAUUCACUUGUCCUCCUGCUCCAUCUCUCCCCCAUCCCACCCCUCCUUCAUCAGCAUCAUCCACCCUACCACUCCAUUGAGUAUUCGUCCUUCUCUGGCGACUUCGGCAGCUUCAAUUUCCUUCUUGUUAUCGUAACGAGCGUCUCCGGUAGACCCUUCACACAACCAUAUCACCGCCCAUCAUGAGAGGCUUCAUCGGUGCCGUGGCCGGCCUUGCCGCUGUCGCCAGCGCCACUCCUUCUCUCUCCAUUGAGACCAUCCACGACGGCGCCGCUCCCAUCAUUUCUUCCGUCAAUGCCGAGGCUGUGCCGAACUCGUACAUUGUCAAGUUCAAGAAGCACGUCUCGGGCACUGGUGCUGAGGACCAUCACAGCUGGGUCCAGCAGAUUCACUCUUCAUCCCAGGAUGAGCGUCUUGAGCUGCGCAAGCGUGGCCAGGAGCCCCUGGUUGACAAUGUCUUCCACGGCCUGAAGCACACCUACAAGAUUGGCAAGGACUUCUUGGGUUACGCCGGUCACUUCGACGAGACCACCAUCGAGAAGAUCCGGAGACACCCUGACGUUGAGUUCAUCGAAGUCGACACCAUUGUCCACACGCAGGUUCCUGUCAAGUCCCAGGAUGCCCAGAUUGAGGACACGUGCGAAGGCGAGCUCGAGAAGCUGGCCCCCUGGGGUCUAGCUCGUGUCUCCCACCGGAAGUCCCUGGGCUUCGGUACCUACGACAAGUACCUCUACGCCGAAGAUGCUGGUGAAGGUGUCGACGCCUACGUGAUCGACACUGGCACCAACGUUGACCACGUUGAUUUCGAGGGUCGCGCCAAGUGGGGCAAGACUAUCCCCACUGGUGACCAGGACGCCGAUGGCAACGGUCACGGCACUCACUGCUCCGGUACCAUCGCCGGUAAGAAGUACGGUGUCGCCAAGAAGGCCAACGUCUACGCUGUCAAGGUUCUCCGCUCUAACGGUUCCGGCACCAUGUCCGACGUUGUCAAGGGCGUUGAGUGGGCUGCUACUUCUCACUCCGAGCAGGUUCAGGCUGCCAAGGAUGGCAAGCGCAAGGGCUUCAAGGGCUCCGUCGCCAACAUGUCACUUGGUGGUGGCAAGACCCAGGCUCUUGAUGCCGUUGUGAACGCUGCUGUCGACGCCGGUAUCCACUUUGCCGUCGCUGCCGGCAACGACAAUGCCGACGCCUGCAACUACUCCCCCGCUGCCGCUGAGAAGGCCGUCACUGUCGGUGCCACUGAGCUCGGCGACCGCCGCUCUUACUUCUCCAACUACGGAAAGUGCACUGACAUCUUCGCGCCCGGCACCAACAUCAAGUCCACCUGGAUCGGCAGCAAGUACGCCGUCAACACCAUCUCCGGCACUUCCAUGGCCUCCCCCCACAUCUGCGGUCUCUUGGCCUACUACCUUUCUCUCCAGCCCGCCACUGACUCCGAGUACUCGGUUGCCCCCAUCACCCCCGAGAAGCUCAAGAAGGCUCUUAUCUCGGUCGGUACUGUCGGCGCUCUCUCCGACAUCCCCAGAGACACUCCCAACGUCCUCGCUUGGAACGGCGGUGGCUGCAGCAACUACUCUGCCAUCAUUGAGGCUGGCAGCUACACUGUCAAGCAGGAGACCAAGGAGGCCACCAUUGAUGACCUCGAGAAGGCCAUUCAGGAGGACUUUGAGGUUCUUUCCGGCAAGGUUGUCAAUGGCGCUAAGAACGUUGGCACCAAGGCUGAGAAGCUUGCCAAGAAGAUCCACAACCUCGUCGAUGAGGAGCUGAAGGAAUUCCUCAGGGAGACUUCCUUGUAAGCGUCGCUGUCAAAGCGCCAAAGGGUCCUUGUUUUUCCUUUUUCUCUUGAUUCAACGACACUGUACGCAUAGGGUUACCGCUGGAUGGACGGGCUGGGAUGGACGCAUCGCUUUUACAGCUACAUACAGAUCUCAUAGCACAACAAAUUAAGUUUCCUUACCUU